CUUCGAGAAUUUUUCGUUCAUCUUGUACCAUUCAAAUAUAUCUUUAUAUACACAUAUUUUUAAGCGAAGAUGGGACUUACUGAUGAUUUUGACGAGGAUGACCGUCCUCAAUUGGAUGCCUCGACCAUGGCCCUUCUACAGGAGUUCUAUACCGAGAGAGAUGAGCGGGAAAAGCAGUUCGAGGACCUGAAGGCAAAGGCCGAAGACGAAUUUGACUGUUCGAAGCCGCUGUCUAUGGACUUGUUCACAGAGAGCUGGCAAGACAGUCAGUUCUGGUACAAGGACGAGACGGCAACUGUUCUGGCCGAGCAACUGUUGGAUGGUGUCACAGAAGACAGCAAAAUUGCUGUCGUUUCUGCACCAAGUGUUUAUAUCCAAUUGAGGAACCUCCUUAAUGAUCGUGAGAGAUAUCCGAUACGACCAAAGUUGAUGCUUCUCGAAUUCGACGAGAGAUUUGGUGUCUUCAAGGACGACUUUUCGUUCUACGACUACAAGCAACCGUUCAAGUUGGACCCCAGCCUCAAGGGCGCAUUCGACAGGAUCAUCUGUGACCCACCGUUCUUGAACGAGGACUGUCAAUCGAAGGCUGCACUCACUGUCCGCUGGCUGGCCAAGACAUGGGAGGCUCCUCUCAAACUUGUACAAUGCACUGGUGAGCGUAUGGAAUCAUUGGCGCACAAAUUGUACGGCAAAGCUGGUAUGCGUACCACAACCUUCCGUCCGGAACAUUCAAAGGGCCUGAGCAACGAGUUCAGAUGCUACGCCAACUUUGAGUGUGAUGCCUGGAAGUUCGAGCCCAAAGUGUGAGUGGGGUUACGACUGGAUUGUCAUGAGUGACAAAAGACUAGUGAGAUUUGGAGGAUGAUUUAGAAGUAGAUAAUACAUGCAUCAUGCAGAAACACGGCCGCAGUCAGGCUGACAGGCGAUUUAGACAGGUUUGGGACGCAGUAAAUCUGAAUCAGGGUCGAGAGCCAGGGUUACGUCAGAGCUUGGAGCUUCACCCCGCAGUCGUCACUUUCGGUCGGCAUUCGGACGAGUGCAAGUGAACGAGGGGUCCUCGACUUCUUGAUCUACCAGGGCAUUGCACUGUUGCACCUUCCUUGAAUUGUACAUACCAAAGCUCGAUCUUCACAUAACACAUCAACCAUGGCCGCUGCCUGUAUCUUCUGCAAGAUCAUCAAGGGUACC